AUGAAUCUCCGGUUCCUGAACAACCUCCCCUCCCCUCCGCUCUUCCCCCUCUUGCCCCUUCCCUGGCGCACCGAACCAGAGCCCAAACCCGUUCCCUCUCCCUCCCCUCUUCCGUCUCCCAAGGUCAGCGGGGGAGGACUUUCCUUCGACCUCAGGGACGCCAUCGUCAGAUCCUUCCAGUCGCUCGUGUCCUUCCGAUGGAACCCUUUCGCUCCCCAUCUUCCGAUCUCCCCUGGUAGAUCCGCCCGUAAAGAGAGAGUAGAGCCCACCGGCUGCGCCCUGCAGCUCUUCCGACCUUACGUCGCUAAGGUGCCAUGGCAUGGGGGAGCUAGGGCAUUCCUGUCGCAGUUGUUUCCCCGCUAUGGCCACUACUGCGGGCCCAAUUGGUCGAGCGGCAAGGACGGGGGGAUGCCCCUGUGGGAUCGCCGCCCCAUCGACUGGCUCGACUUCUGCUGCUACUGCCACGACAUUGGAUACGAUACUCACGACCAGGCGAAGCUUCUCCAAGCUGACCUCGCCUUCCUCGAGUGCCUCGAGCGCCCGCGGAUGUCCACCAAGGGCGAUGCCCAUGCUGCUCACCUCUAUAAAACCAUGUGCAUUGCUGGUAAGUGGAGGGAUGCCUCGAGUAUUCCCGUCUAAUUGUUCAUUGGGGAACCGAUUGGUUUUGUUGAUUCUGCUGGUUAUGAGCUUUCUCGUCGUCAUGGAGAUUCGGCUGGUUAUUUGUGGAAAUAAUGACCCGACCAAGGGAAAGUGAAAAAGGAAAUUCCCUGAUGGUCAUCCUCUUCUGUGAGUUUUUGCAGGCCUUAGGAACAUUCUCAUUCCCUACAGGAUGCAACUUGUGCGGAUGCAGACGGGCCCCUCGUUCUUGGAAGUGAUGAACAGCUUGAUUGUGAAGAGCAGGUCAUGUAGUCAAGAUUCCGGCAAAGGGCUGUGA